AUGGCGAGGAGGAGGCAGCCAAGGGAGUUUGAGAUUCUGGAUGUGACGGAUGAAGUCAUUCGUGAUUACAAUGGGGCUGAGACAGAGGAAGAGGAUAACGCGACUAGUGAGGAUCGUGCGCGGACAAGCACUUCUGGCCGCUCAAAUCUCAUUGUCGGUGGAAGACGUCACGCCUCAAACAAUACGCCAAGUGGCUAUGCCUCUAUACAGCAACCCCGGGUAGUCGAUAUCUCAUCACCGACGUCACAGCGCCAGACUGAAAACGCCGUAGCCGAUCUACUUUACUUCAGCCAAAACGGGCAACCUCAUUCCUCAGUCGACAUUGAUCCUGCUCUGCAGGUUUCCAUGCAGGCGGUCCCAAUUGACAUGAUAGCAGACUAUCCGUACAUCGACCAGAUGCAAGCAUUUACCCCUGAAGGUAUCUCCGAGGACGGUAUAUUCUUGCCAGGCUCUGCGUAUCACGAGUUACACUCGACACUCCGUAAUCACCUCAUCCAAGAGACACGAUCAAUUGCUCCAACAAGAUCAACAACACCGCAUGUAGAGGUUCAAAGCUCAGUGGGCGUCUCCUUGGAAGAAACCGAGAUCACGAUCCCAAUACAAGAGUUUCAGCCCUCUCAGACACCCCUGCUCUCUCAGCAAGAGGAAUGCUCGCUAUGGAAGAACUACUUUGACGAAAUUGCCCCCUGGCUCGACAAGUUCGACCGAGACCGCCAUUUCCAGCAGAUUAUACCUACAAUGAGCAAGGACAAUGACCACUUACGAUACUCGAUGCUGGCCCUCUCAGCACGACAACUUGAACUCAAGCAUACACUACCGACUAAUCGUAGCCUUGCCCUCUACCAGGAAGCCAUUCAUAUGCUCCUCCCGCAUUUACCAACCCGUGGGACAGCGGUCAUCGCCACCUGUGUUAUUCUUUGCGUGCUGGAGAUGUUGAGCUGUUCGCCAAAGGCAUGGCAACGACAUCUUGAUGGCUGUGCGAGUCUCAUGGAAGCGGUCGGCAUCAAUGGAUUCGUAGGAGGAACAGAGCAAGCCUUAUUCUGGUGCUUUGCGCGUAUGGAUAUCUGCGGCGGCCUCAUAUCGUCCGUCAAGACUCUUAUUCCUAUCUGCCAUUGGGCCUCCAAGACUUUAUCGAUUGAUAACGAUGUCGAGCUCUUCAAGAAUGCUCCAACGUUUGAGGACUGGGCUAACUAUGCUGUGUAUCUCACGGCUCAAGUUCUGGAUCUGUUGGCUGCCUCCCCUACUGAUCCAACUCGCGAUGAAGCCAGGUUCCGGGCUCGAUGGCUCAAGUUGUGGAAGUAUAUCUCUGAAUGGUACCAAGAACGCCCAGCUCCAUUGCAUCCCAUCAUGACAAUUCCCUCGAGCGAGUCAUCCCCGUUUCCAACGAUUUUGUACUCGAACCCUGCUGCCAUAAUCAGCCAUCGACAGUACGGCUAG